UCAUCUCUCUCUCUCUCUUCCUCGAUUUCGCGCUUCUCUUUUCCGGGAUUUCGCUUCCUGCUCUUGACAAAUUCUGUUUGGUUGUUCUUGUUCGUGUUCUUGAUUUCUGUGAAAUCUGUCUGAGUUUACUUCGAUUUCAGUUUCUGGUUAAUUUUUUCCCGUGAGCUCUGUGAAUCUGUUGAUUUUUCAUCCCUCGUUUGAGGUGAUGCGUAAUGGAUUUUCUCGGUAACCAAACAAGCAGUAGCAGAGGUUUUCAGAAUCGCAAAGUGUUUCUUACAUUGAUUUUCCUUUUGCUUUUCUCCGGCGUUUUUAAUACGAUUGCAGAAGCGCAUGUUCGUCAAGGAAUCAACUCCAAUCGCUCUGGUAUUUUCGGAAUCGAAUUGCCGGAAAAUCUCAGCUCCGGUAUUGCAUCUUCCUCCGCGAGCGCUCCGUGUAGUUUCGGUAAUGAAGAUGGACACGAAGAGGAAGAAAAUUUAAUGGCGGAUUCGGUUAAGCAAUCAGUGAAGCUCCACUUGAAAAAGCGGUCAACGAAUCGAGCGACGGAACCGAAAGAAUCAAUCACCGAAUCUGCAAUUAGGGAUUUGGCGAGAAUCCAGACUCUUCAUAGGAGAAUCACUGAGAGGAAGAAUCAAGACACGACUUCGAGAUUGAAGAAGAGCAAUGCCGAGCAGCGGAAACCGGCGGAGGCGGUUACUCCGGCAGCAUCGCCGGAAUCUUACUCCGAUUACUUCUCCGGCCAGCUUGUGGCUACUCUCGAAUCCGGCGUCAGUCUCGGCUCCGGAGAGUACUUCAUCGAUGUCUUCGUCGGUUCUCCGCCCAAACACUUCUCUCUGAUUCUCGAUACUGGAAGCGACCUAAACUGGAUUCAAUGCGUCCCUUGCCACGAUUGUUUCGAGCAAAACGGGCCGUAUUACGAUCCGAAAGAUUCAAUUUCUUUCAGAAACGUUACCUGUAACGAUCCUCGAUGUCAAUUGGUUUCGUCUCCAGAUCCUCCGCAGCCGUGCAAAUUCGAGACGCAAUCGUGCCCUUAUUUCUACUGGUACGGCGACAGUUCGAACACCACCGGCGAUUUUGCGCUCGAGACGUUCACCGUCAAUCUCACCUCGUCGGYGACGGGGACGUCGGAGUUCCGGCGGGUGGAGAAUGUGAUGUUCGGAUGCGGCCACUGGAACAGAGGCCUCUUCCACGGCGCCGCCGGAUUGUUAGGGCUCGGCCGUGGCCCUCUCUCGUUUUCAUCGCAGCUUCAAUCGCUCUACGGCCAUUCCUUCUCCUACUGUCUCGUCGAUCGAAACAGCGAUACAAGCGUGAGCAGCAAGCUGAUUUUCGGCGAAGAUAGAGAUCUAUUAGCGCAUCCAGAACUGAAUUUCACAUCGCUGAUCGGAGGAAAGGAAAAUCCAGUCGACACAUUCUACUAUCUGCAAAUCAAAUCGAUCUUCGUCGGAGGAGAGGAGCUCAAAAUCUCCGAGGAGAACUGGAACCUCUCCGCCGACGGCGGCGGCGGAACAAUCAUCGACUCCGGCACCACUCUCAGCUAUUUCUCCGAUCCGGCUUACCAGACAAUCAAGGAAGCAUUUCUGCGGAAAGUGAAAACCUACAAACUGGUGGAAGAUUUUCCGAUUCUGCAUCCUUGUUACAACGUCUCCGGCGCCGAGAAACUGGAAUUUCCAGAAUUCGAAAUCCACUUCGCCGACGGCGCCGUGUGGAAAUUCCCGGUGGAGAAUUACUUCAUCAGAAUCGAGCAAUUGGAUAUCGCGUGCUUGGCGAUGUUAGGGACUCCAAAAUCGGCGCUGUCGAUCAUCGGAAAUUACCAGCAGCAAAAUUUUCACAUACUGUACGAUACGAAGAACUCGCGGCUGGGCUACGCGCCGAUGAGAUGUGCCGAAGUUGUUUUACAUAAUCGCUCACAAGCUCGUAUCAUUCAUUUGGCUAUCGUCUACCAGAAGGAUCAAAUCGAAGCACCGUUGCGGAUCUCUCAAAUCCUCCGACUCCAAGAAAUGGUCACGUUCAGAUUUCACCAGUACCAGGUCGUGGGGAGGGCGCUUCCUUCUGAAGCGGAUGAGCAUCCCAAGAUCUACCGGAUGAAGCUCUGGGCUACCAACGAGGUCCGUGCCAAAUCCAAGUUCUGGUACUUUUUGAGAAAGUUGAAGAAAGUCAAGAAGAGCAAUGGUCAAGUUCUUGCCAUUAACGAGAUUUUCGAGAAAAACCCAACCAAGGUCAAGAACUAUGGUAUUUGGCUGCGGUAUCAGAGCCGAACUGGUUACCACAACAUGUACAAGGAGUAUCGGGAUACGACAUUGAACGGGGCUGUCGAGCAAAUGUACAUUGAGAUGGCAUCUCGCCAUCGGGUGAGGUACCCGUGCAUCCAAAUCAUCAAGACAGCAACUGUUCCUGCAAAACUGUGCAAGAGGGAGAGUACCAAGCAGUUCCAUGACUCAAAGAUCAAAUUCCCGUUGGUGUUCAAGAAGGUGAGGCCACCCACCAGGAAGCUCAAGACAACUUACAAAGCAUCUAGGCCCAACUUGUUCAUGUAAUUCUGCUCAUCUUUGGCCUCUCUUCUAUGGAAACAUUUGAUUAUUGAUUUUGGUAGAUUAUAGAAACUUCAACAAGUAGAUGAGAUUUCCGCGAAACAAUUCAUUUUUCUAGCAUGAUUAUUCUGCUGCUAGAAGUAAAACUUUCACCUUUCAGAAUCGAAUAAAAUAAAGCUGGUUUGUUUGUUUUCGCCUUUUCA